AUGGGAAACGUGGAGAGCCAGAAUGGAGAAAAUGCUUUUUAUGGUGAGACUCAGGGCCAUCUGUCUCGGAAGCACAUGUCCCGCUCCCUCCGCAUCUCCAACAAGCAUUCCCGGCGUUCCCGCCACGCUUCGUCCAAUAAGCCCGAGCACCGUAACUCGGAGGCCAGCACGCGUUCCAGCAGCACCCCCAGUAUCCCGCAGUCCCUUGCCGAAAACGGCCUGGAACCCUUUAACCAGGCCGACGCCCUGGGGGAGUUCAGUGACCCAAUCUGGGUGGACCGGGUCGCCAUGAACCUCCGACCCGCGUCAUUCCACGACAACAUGGGCGAUUCGGCCACGACCCCAGGCUCCGAGGAUGGAGUGGAUGUGGACACACUGGUGGCUGACGGACCAGAGGACGAGGAGUUGUACACUGGAGAGAUGACCUACCUGGAGAGGACCAGCGAGGGUCCCAGGGAGGGCGGAAGCUUCAAGAAGAAGAGGUCGAAGUCUGCUGACAUGUGGCGAGAAGACAGCAUGGAGUUCUCCCUCUCCGACUUGAGCCAGGAGCACCUGACCAGCACCGAGGAGAUCCUCGACGAAGCCGACGUUGAAGACAGGGUCUUUCCCGGCUGCAACGGCAUGAUGCGCGUGUCCGAAUCGCAGUCGGGAGAAAGGGCGAACUCUCUGGACGAGCUGUGCGCCAAAAGGAGCCCCACAAUGAGGGGGAGCUCGCGAAACCGCUUUAAAUACGGACGGGACGGGGAUCGGAACACCGGGGGGGAGACGGCCAAGGAGAUGCUGUCGACUCCGGAAGAGGAAGGCAACCCGUACGGUGCCUAUACCCUGCCGUGCCGACGUUCCCACUGCCUUUCCGAAGUCAUGCCAAGCCAUCAGGCAGCUCUGUGUGCCAGCAUGCAGGGACGGCGGGCACAGACCACACAUGACAUCACUGUGGGAGAGGGCAGCGAAUAUGGAGACAGUGGCAUUGACGGCGUGACCGCUGAAGUGGACCUGCAGUCUCGGCGCUGUAAGACGAUGUCCGCCUCAUUCUCCGUGUACUCCACGGCCAGUGGCAGCGUGUUUGCGGGCAGCGACAGCGGGAGCAGCGGAGGUGGAGGAGGAAGCCGGACGGCCAGGGAACAGGGCGUUUAUGAGAACUUUCGGCAGGAGCUGGAGAUGAGUUCCCGCCAGACCAGGGAGAAUCUGGAGGAGGCUGGCUCGGCCGCCAGCGACGAACAGAGCAGCGGGACACUCAGCUCCCUCUACCCCUCCGACCCGCUCCUCAGCAUGGUACAGGGCACGGUGAGGAAGGCUGGAAUGCUGGCCGUCAAGAACUUCCUGGUACACAAGAAGAAUAAGAAGGUGGAACUGGCUACUCGUCGCAAAUGGAAGCGUUAUUGGGUGUCUCUGAAAGGCUGCACGCUGUGUUUCUAUGAGACGGACGGCCGAUCUGGGAUUGAUCACAACAGCGUUCCCAAGCACGCCGUAUGGGUGGAGAACAGCAUCGUACAGGCCGUUCCGGAGCAUCCCAAAAAGGAAUUCGUGUUCUGCCUCAGCAACUCCCUUGGAGACGCCUUCCUCUUCCAGACAUCGGGACAGACGGAGCUGGAGAACUGGAUCACCGCGAUCCACUCGGCGUGCGCGACCGCCGUCGCCCGGCAGCAUCACCGCGACAGUGACACAGUCCGACUCCUCCGCGCUGAGAUCAAGAAGUUGGAGCAGAAGAUAGACAUGGACGAGAAGAUGAAGAAGAUGGGCGACAUGCAGCUCUCCGCCGUCUCUGAGCCGAAGAAGAGGAAGACCAUCCUGGAACAGAUCUUCCUCUGGGAACAGAACCUGGAGCAGUUUCACAUGGACUUGUUCCGAUACCGUUGUUACCUCUCCAGCCUGCAGGGCGGGGAACUUCCCAACCCCAAACGCCUGCUCGCCUUCGCAUCCCGCCCCACCAAACUGGCCAUGGGUCGGCUGGGCAUCUUCUCUGUCUCCUCCUUUCAUGCACUGGUGGCGGCGAGGACGGAGAGCGGCGUGCGGAGGCGUACCCAGGCCCUGUCUCGCUCCACCAGCAAACGCAAGAGCAGGUUCUCUUCACUAUGGGGACUGGAGACUACCUCAAAGAAAAAGACCAAGGGCCGACCCAGCAUAAACCAGGUGUUCGUGGACGGUGAGGAGCCGGUGAAGAAGAACUUGGGCCGUCUGUUCGAGGAGACGGCGGCCAAGGAGAGCCUGAAGGAGCGAGAGGGUUCUGAGAAAAGCAUUCCACAGCAUAACUCCGAGAGUGACGUUUGGGUGCCUGAUCACCUCGUGCCCUCCUGGGUUUCGCUGCCUGAUGACAAAGCUGUUCUGGCCACCAUCCAGCCUGGAGAGACAGCUCUGGAGGCUCUGGAGGCAGUGUGCAAGGCUAACAAACUGGAUCCUUCAAAGCACUACUUACGGUUGAAGUUUUACAUUGAAAAUCAAGUGCAAUUGUACAUCCCCAAACCUGAGGAGGACCUCUGUGAUCUGCUCUUCAAAGAGAUUGAAAUAUGCACCAAAACGACCAAAGUUGUGAAGUUUGACAGGGAUGAAUCCUGUUCCAUUGGCUACGGUUUCUCCGUUGCUGUGGUGGAAGAAGAUGGCACUCAGCAGCUCCAUAUCACUGACGUAAAGGCGGGAGGUCUGGCCUUCGCUAAAGGUCUAAAGGCCGGCGAUGAGAUUCUCCAGCUGAACGAUAAGGCGGCGUGUGUGUUGGAAAUGUCGGACAUGCAGGCUGCGUUCUCUCUGCCCUCUCUGACCCUCACCGUCAGCACCCUGCCCCCCGUGGAUCCACGCCUGCUCUGCCGACUGCCCCCCCGCCGCUCCGACGGAGCCGAGGACCUCUGUACGGACAUCUUCUCUCAGAGUCAGGAGGACAUCCUGGAUGAAGGCCCAGGCCUGCUGGUGGAAAGCCCCAUCCAGGGGCCAGACAAGGUUGUUUUUACCCCAGAGAGCCCAGGGGACAGGCUGGAAGACGAAGUGGAUGCCAGGCCAGGACACAAGAGCACGGAGCAAGUGACGGCUUUCUGCCGGAGUCUUCACGACAUGAACCCCGCGGAGGGCCCGGUCUCCUCUUCGUCAUCAUCCUCGUCCUCCUGCGUUCCCAGUCCCGUCUCGCCCGUGCCGCCGCCCGCCACCCCGCGGCAGCUCUCCGACGCGGACAAGCUCCGGAAAGUCAUCAGCGAGCUGGUGGAAACGGAGCGGACCUACGUUAAAGACCUGAACUGCUUGAUUGAGAAGUAUUUGACACCUCUGCAGAAGGAGAGAUUCCUGUCCCAAGAUGAGUUGGACGUGCUUUUUGGCAACUUGGCAGAAAUGGUGGAAUUCCAGGUGGAGUUUCUCAAGACCUUGGAGGACGGGACGAGGCUGGUCCCGGAUCUGGACAGACUUGAGAGAGUUGACCAGUUCAAGAAAGUGCUGUUCUCCCUGGGUGGUUCUUUCCUGUACUACGCCGACCGCUUUAAGAUCUACAGCGCCUUCUGUGCCAGUCACACCAAAGUUCCCAAGGUUCUCGCCAAAGCGAAGACAGACCCAGAGUUUAAGGCGUUCCUGGAUGAGAGGAACCCCAGGCGACAGCACUCCUCUACCCUGGAGUCGUACCUCAUCAAACCCAUCCAAAGAGUUCUGAAAUACCCCCUGCUCCUCCGAGAGCUCCACUCUCUCACUGACCCCGACAGUGAGGAGCACUAUCAUCUGGAUGUUGCCAUGAAAGCCAUGAACACAGUGGCCAGUCACAUUAAUGAGAUGCAGAAGAUUCAUGAAGAAUACGGUGCUGUGUUCGACCAGCUCAUCAGUGAGCAGAGCGCCGAAAAGAAAGAGGUUGCUGAUCUCUCAAUGGGGGAUUUGUUGUUGCACGCCACGGUGGCGUGGAUCAACCCCCCCUCGUCGCUCGCGAAGGGAAAGAAAGAUCCUGAGCUUGCGGCGUUUGUGUUCAGAACAGCGGUGGUUUUUGUGUACAAGGAUUGCUCCAAGCACAGGAAAAAAAUUGGUGGGUCACACAGAGCCUCUGUCUCUGAUGAGCGGGACCCUUUCCGUUUUCGUCACAUGAUCUCCACAGACGCCCUUCAAGUUCGCAACCUAGCAAAUUCGGAGGGUACUGCCGUGUGCGAGAUCGUUCACGUAAAGUCCGAGUCGGAGGGAAGACCAGAGAGGACGUUUCAUCUGUGCUGCAGUUCCCCUGAGAGCAAGAAAGAUUUUCUGAAGACUGUGCACUCCAUACUGAGGAACAAGCAACGCCGACAGCUGAUGAAGACAGAAAGUUUGCCGCCUAAUCAGCAGUAUAUUCCCUUUGGUGGGAAGCGUCUGUGCGCUCUAAAAGGGUCUCGUCCAGCCAUGAGCAGAACAGCCUCUGCUCCGUCUCGAACCCUCGGUCGCAGGAAGUUGGUACGGAAGCGCUUCACCAUCGACACGGACGUAGUGUUCGAUGAUGUCAUGAACCAGGAGUCAAACGCCGAGACUCCGACCUGUAGGCAGCUGCCGCCCCUGGAGUCACAGACGCAGCAGCGCCCCAACGCGGACACGGACCGCUGGGUGGAGGAACAGUUUGAUCUGGAUCACUACGACAACCAGGGAGACGUCAAGGAAACGGACAUCCUUAGCGACGACGACGAGUACUGCGAGUCGCUAAGGGCCCCGUCGACGGAGCCCAGCGUGGAGGGUUCUCUAGGGGCCCUGACUCUGGAGGAAGAUGAGAGGGCUGGGGACGAAGGGAGAGAGAAACUCUGUGAUGAGACGCAGUCCCAGAGAAACGCGGAGGUCUCCCGUGAACCUCUUAAGCUGACCCCUCUGAGAAAACAGUGCGCCGUGGAGGGUGCGUGCGAGGGUGAGCGUGAGGUUAUUUGGGUCCGCAGAGAGGACUUUGCUAGCGGCUGCAACAGUGACAUCUUCUGAGAGGACUGGGAGAGAGCACAGGAGGGCGUGAGAGUGAAUCUGUUGUAAACGCCGCUUCUUAAACCUAGCUUUAUGCCAGUAGACAAAGCCUUGGAGAGAGAGAGACUUCAUAGUUCUCCUUUAAGCCUUGGCUCUCAUCCCACGCGU